AGUUGUACAUUAAAGCAUCAAUACUAUAUAGCAUAGUAGAAGUGCUCGUAGCAGACUCGUUUGAAGUUCAGUCUCUAAUAUUGAGAUUAGAGAAGAUAUGACACAAAUGAUGAGUUCAAGAUUUAUGUCAAUCUUCAUAAUCCAGUUUAGAGUCAUAUUAAUAAGUUAAAAAGAAUAUCAAAAGUUGAUUCCUUAGCCUCGUCACUAGAAGCCGGAUUGGAGCAUGGAGAUACUGGCAGCUGGACCAAUCACACAUUACACCCGGCAAAUCCUCGGCUCGUCUAAACGCCAAGCUUAUCCUUUUGCUUUUGCAUUCACCAUUUCCCGAAGCAAAACUGAAACAAUGGCGGCUCCUCGGCCAACUUUAUAUGCCGUGGUCAUGUAGCAAUUUACCCACCAUCGAAAUUCCAAUCUCUUCUUCCAAACCACGAAAACAAUGUCGUCAUCCUCGGCAUUCACUGCGCUUAUGAGAUCAGACAUAACCACGAGAACCGCCGCCGCUGCUGCAAGCGAAAACCCAAUCAAAGCCCGCCUCCGAAGCGGCGAGACACUGUACGGCCUUUUCCUGAUGACCUUCUCCCCAACGCUCGCCGAAAUAGCAGGGCUCGCCGGCUACGACUUCGUCGUCAUAGACAUGGAGCACGGCCACGGAGGCAUCUCCGAGGCUCUCCCUUGCCUCCACGCUCUUGCCGCCACCAACACCCCGGCCAUCCUCCGGCUACCGGAGAAUUCCGCCACAUGGGCCAAGAAGGCCCUCGACUUGGGCCCGCAGGGCCUCAUGUUCCCGCUGGUCCACGACCCAGAAUCCGCCAAGAGAGCCGUGUCCUACUGCCGGUACCCGCCGGCGGGGACACGCGGCGCCGCGCACCCUGUGAUCAGGGCCUCGAAAUACGGUCUGGACGGCGACUACGUGGUGAACAGCGAGCGGGAUCUGUUCAUCAUGUGCCAGGUGGAAUCGGCGGAGGCGGUGAAGAAAGUCGGGGUGAUCUCGGCGGUUGACGGGGUGGACUGCGUGAUGAUGGGCCCGCUGGACCUGAGCGCGGACAUGGGCUACUUGACGGACCCGGCCCAUCCUAAGGUGAAGGAGAUGAUGGCGGACGCGGAGGAGGCUGUGUUGGGCCGGAUCAGGAGUAGAGGCUCUGGAGCGUACCUGGGCGGGUUUGCCGUGGGAAACGACGAUGGGCUUGGGCCGGCGGAAAUGCGGAGCAGGGGGUACCACAUGGUGUGUGGGGCCGUGGAUGUGGGUUUAUUCAGGGACGGUGUUGUCCGAGAUGUGAACAAGUUCAAGGAGGCGCAUAAAAUGAGCCCGUAAAUUCGGAGAUCAAUAAAUGCUCUGGACUGGAGUUUUCAUUUUCAAUCCAUGUUGUAGUGUAGUACACGCGCAUUGGUGUCGGUGGGCCUUUUUCUUUUUUGGUUUCACCAAUCCACUUGCUUUGCUUGCCAGUUUAAUGCUGUUUACUUUAGUAUUUGGUUCCGCGGGAUGGGGUAGAUCAUAGAUGGGAUCUGAAAUCUCGGUAUUUUGGUUUCGUUUCGCUGCUGCGUUGAUUACAUUUUGUUCAUAAUCAUAUCAUAUAUAAUUUUAUAUACUAACAAAUACUAGUUGAACCGUUUGACUAUACUUACCAGAUUUGACCGGAAAUACUGUUUUGUAAGUGAAAUUAUAGAGGACGGACGGCGAGUAGUAAUGGGGAAGGAAAGCAUACGUCCGGAUCCGGGGAUUGGGAAUCACAAUUGGAUUUUUUUUUUAUAGAAAAUGGGAUGUUAGUAAGAGGCUCCUGUCUAACACUUAAAUAAAACUAUUUUAGAGGACGACGAUUUUAGAGGACGUCUAUAGUGUCAUACAUAGCUAAGAAAUUAAUGUUCAAAUC